AUGGCUGCGCUGUUCCUGCACCAGGCCCUGUUCACGACAGAACCGUCUGCGUCGUCUGAGCUGCCAGUGCUGCGUUCCCCGAACAGAGUGACACAGCACGAACGACAACUGUCCUCUGUCUCCUCUGUGACAUUGCGCACGUCCAAUUCUGACCAUUCUCAGCCUACCGAGCCCUUGUUGCGUCCGGAGUCAUCUAUCUACCUUGACUUGCUGUCGCGCCAGCCGAACCACCCAGAUGGACCGGAGAGUAGCUUUAAUCUCGGCCUCAGUUUGGAGGGGGACCCAAUCACCCCUAGAGAGCGAAAAUCAUGCUUGGAACGCGCUAUUCGGAAGAGAUUGCGUCGACUACGGUGGACCAGGAGGACUACGUUACUCAUCAUGACCUCUUGGGCGGUGUACAACACCGUCCGCUACUACGUUGCGUUCACGAUGUUCGAGUAUCGCCCACGCCAGAUCGUUCUACUCGUGCUUGGUACGUGUACCGCGCUCUCGAUUGCGCUCGUCAUCUCGUCCCUCCUUAUAUCCGCAUUUGCUCCGCACAUUGGAUGGUAUCACACGCCUCAUGCACCACACGUCAUAGUGCAGACAGUGCUGUACUAUUGUGCGUCCGUGCUUCUUCUCGGGCCGGCGGUCGCGAAUCUGGUCUUUGUGUUUCUUUGGCGGCAUUCGGCAGAGACUAUUGACACACUUCGCGGACGAUGUCACUGGGAUAUCGACGUCCUGUGGUCUGGAGUUGGCACGCAAUGUGAUGGGACACACUCCCCGACUUGGGCAUCUUGGGUCGCAGGUUCAGUUGUGCGUCUCGUCCUCACUGUUGCAGUCAUCAUAACCUACCACUGGUCAGCGUACCGGUAUGACGUGACAAGGCAGCCCUCCCGGAAAUACCGACUGUUUCAUCCCCGUACCUCGGUCUCGUCAGUAACACCCUUGUCCAACUCCUCUCAAACCUUCCGACCAACGGCGACCAUGUCCAGUACACCUGUCACCAUCGGGCAGGCGCUCCGCCGCUCUUCGUUAUCUGGCACCACCGAGGACACAUAUGAGAGCGCGCAGACAUGUCCCCAGACAGAGCAACGUACGCUGCGCAAGUCCCAGUCACGCAUCGCGUCUCGGACGAGUAAUGCGUCCAAGGAUACGUUCCAGCUCCCGUCUGCGACCGGAGUAUCUACCGCCAGACGGCCGUCAGGUCAGAUAACGCCGAGACGCGUCAGUGGGAUGAGUGCUAUAGACGAUGAGUCUCCAAAGUCAUCGGACGAAGAGGAUGUGCCAGGCCCGUCAGAGACGAAAGAGUUUGGCUAUUAUGGACGUCAAGUGCGUCCGAGCCCAGGCAUCUAUGCAUCAGUUGUAUCCCAAGGCCCGCGCAGCAGCCAAUUCAAUAACGAAACAAGUGAGACUCUGCAGGUCGAUCCCGCCACAGUCACGCCCUACUCUGAACGAGACCUCACCUACUUUGUCGACCGGUUUCGCACGCUGGUCGAACAAGUUGCCCGCGAGAACGAGGAUGCAUUUCCACUUGCAGCUGGAAAUGGACCAGAUGGCCAGCGCGAGCAUUCCACCGCGAAUGCAGACGAGCACGUCCCGAUGGUGGGCCGCAUUGUGCACCGCAUGCCGACAAUCGAGUCCCUGGGGUCGCACGAGGUGAUGAGUCUCGCGUCAUCGGGCAAAACUCACAGCUCAAACUCGCCACAUAACGGAUCACGCCCGUCAACGCGCACGAACACCCAAAGCCUCAGCGAGGGUUAUAGCACGCCUUCCUCCCGCAGCCGUGCGAAUAGCUGGGACGCAGCACUCGCUCUGGCGUCGCCUGUCGGGAAUAGAACGGAAGAAGGUUCUGUUAGCGAGAUGGGAGAGCUGACGCACGCUGAGACGGGUGCACCGGUAAACACGAUCGCCAUCACUGUGACGAAUACCACGACGACGACGGCUUCUGGGGAAAGCCGCAGUUCAAAUUCAUAUUAUACUGCGAGGACGUCACCGCAGGAGAAGAUAGAUGAUGAGGUCGGCGAGGAGUAG